AUGGCGGUGGCCGAAGCAAAGGGUCGAGACGGUCCAGACUUCUCUGUGCUGCCCGAAGGGUGCAUCGCCACCGUCGUCUCCUUCACGAGCCCCCCCGACGCGUGCAGGCUCGCGUCCGUCUCGUCCAUUUUCAAGUCAGCGUGCGAUUCCGACGCGGUCUGGGCGUCGUUCUUGCCGCCGGACUGGCGCCCGAUGGUCUCACGGAGCGCUUCAUCGCUGAAGGAGCUCUACUUCAGCCUCUGCGACGACCCAGUUCUGGUCGGCGAUGGCAAAAUGAGCUUUUCGCUGGACAGACACAAUGGGAAGAAAUGUAUUAUUCUAUCUGCGAGGGCCCUCUCUAUAACCGGGAAUGAUAGACUUAUCAUGCGAUCUGAGAGAGCCCUGUCUAUAACAAGGGAUGAUACUCAGAGUUACUGGUCUUGGAAUCACAUGCCCAACUCCAGGUUUAGAGAAGUUGCUGAACUCAUCAAAGUAUCAUGGCUCGAAAUCAGAGGCACGAUUAGUUCUCGCAUGCUGUCGCCCAGAACCCUUUAUGCAGCGUAUUUAGUAUUCAAAUUUACCCACAAGCGUAAUGGAUUUCAAAUGCGGGCUUUCGAGGUUGGAGCUGGAUUUGCUGGUUAUGAAGUGGGUAAACGCUCUGUAUAUUUAUCCAGAACGAAGAGAUCGAGUCUGUGGUAUGGGAUCAACCGCCCUCCUGUCUAUAUUCCACUAGAAUCUGAUGAGGGGGAUGAUAGUUAUCCUAAAGAGAGACGAGAUGGGUGGUUAGAGAUAGAGUUAGGUGAGUUCUUGACGGAGGAUGGACAAGAUGGGGAGGUUGAAAUGAGUGUUGUGGAUGCGAAGGGUAAUAGAUGUUUGGUUGCGCUGGUUGUGGAAGGGAUCGAAAUUAGGCCCAAAGACGGGAAAUAA